AUGGCGAAGAUAAUCGGUGCCAAAAAAUCCCUUUGGCAACAAGUGUGUGAUGAGUAUGAAGCUGAGCAGCCCAGUCCUCCCAGUGCUGUGUGGACGGAUACCAGUUCAGCGAGCACUCAGCUUUCCCAGUACAGCGCCAGUACACACUCCCCUGUCUUCUAUGGACUCACCACAGCCAAGGUGUUUGUGGAUGAUGAUCCCCUGACAGACUUUGACCCUCUUCUGUGCCACCCUGCUCUGGCUGGCUAUUCUGUGUUAGGAAAACCUCCACCUUCAAGCCGGAAACACUCAUCAGCAGCUGACACUACAUCGCCUCCACAACUCCUUCAACGUCCUGUCACACGGUUUGUGGAGCAGAGAGUGUUCCCAGUGUUGUUGCCUGGAUUGGAGGCUUUACUGAAAGAAGCCCAAAAGCAGGGCUGUUUCCAGCGGAAAACAACAUUAUUUAAUCCAUGUGACUUCCUAACUGAGUGGCUCUACAACCAUAACCCUUGCAGGCAAGGACAGAGCCCGGUGAACUUCCAUGAAAUCCACUUUGUAAAGGACUGGCUCAGCAUGCAUUCUAGGCCUCCCAUCCCUCUGUUUCUGCUGCUGAGUGAGGAUCAGGCUGCUCUGCUCAUCCAGGCUUUCUGGAGGGGAUACAAGAUCAGGGUACGCUCAGAUGUGCAGGAGCUGCGCCAGUGGCAGAAAAAACUGAGAGAGAACCAUGACAUUGCCAAAACUGUCAAGCAGUUUUGGGCCCGGCAAGAAAGCAGAGUUGGCUCGGCCAUCACAGAUCUUCCAGAAAGCCCUCUGUCGGGCAACUUGGAUGUGUCCAUCCAAGUGGUUUCUCCUACCCCACAGAGCACUGUGGUCCACACUCCCACGAACCAGAUGACCCCUGAGGGCGGUGAGUGGCUGACCCCCAGCCUCCACACUGCUGCACAGACUGAUCUCCAGCCUCUGCACCAUCACUGAUUCAUUUCCUGGGGACUCACAACCUGACCUAAUCUGCCGGUAUGCGGAUGCCUGGGAGACAGCUGCCUCUGGGUGAGGUGAUAAAGCAGCCCAUUUCAUUCUUGGGACAUCUGAUAGUGCAGCCAGCUCCAUGGAGUCUGGCAGCACUGGGCCCAACUGAAACUGGA